AAAAACUGUGAAAAAUAAAGCCAAGGUAGAGGGAUCAAUGACAAAUGCCUACCUUGUUGAAGAAGCCACUGCAUUUUGUUCUUAUUACUUCGAAGAACAUGUAAGAACAAAGCAGCGGAACGUUCCUCGUAACUUUGCCGGUAGUUCAUCAUCAGGUGGUAUGGAAGAACACCAUGAUACGUUGUUUGUUUUCAAGAAUGUCGGUAGAGGGUUUGGAAAAAAGUCAACAAGAUUUUUAAGCAAGGAUGAGUAUGAUGCUGCACAUUUGUAUGUCUUAAACAAUUGUUCAGAGAUAACAGAAAUUUACACACGAUUGUUUGUUGAUGAAAUCAAUGCCAAGUACCCAAACAUUUCACCGAAUCAACUUCAAAUCAAGCUCAAUAAGGAGUUUCCCGAUUGGUUCAAGUUAUAUGUUGCAGAUCCAAAUAAUCGAGUGGAGAACUCUGACUUGAAGAGUUUGUCUUUAAAACCAUUUCAAAGAGUCACUUCUUUUCAAGGAUUUUAUGUGAAUGGUUUUAAAUUUCACACGAUCGAAUACGGAUCAAAGAAAUCAACCUACAAUAGUGGAUUGUGUGUAAAAGGUUUGGAGUUGGAUUAUUAUGGACGUUUGGUUGAAGUAGUGGUGCUUGAGUAUUCUGGUGUACCAACUAAAACGAUCACACUUUUCAAGUGUGAGUGGUUUGACCCCAGACCAUCAGGGACGUUAGUUGAUCGUGACUUCAAAUUGGUUUCAAUUAACCAACGUCGUCGAUAUGACAACUAUGAACCAUUCAUCCUAUCAACUCAAGCUUCUCAAGUAUUUUACUGCACAUAUCCAAGUAAAAAUCAAAGUAGGAAAGAUUGGUUGGCAGCUUGUAAGGUGAAGGCAAGACCACUUGUAGAAGUAUCAACUAUUCAAAAUAUUCCUAUCGAUCCUACUCCUUUUCAAGAAGAGCUUGUUGGUAGAACCCCUCACACGACAAUUGAUGAUGAUACAAUGCCAAUUCAUCCAGAUGGUGCUUUGGUAUAUCUAGUAGAUGAGGAUGAUGAAGAAGAUGUUGACACCAAUGAAUAUGUCUUAGAAACAUCUGACUCUACAAAUAAUGAUUCAGAUGAUAGCGAAUAAAACACGUGCUUGUGUUUUAUUUUAGGCAUGGUGUUUUUUCUACCUUUGAUCUUUGAAAUUCAGGUAAAUAGUGAUUCAAAUGAUUGCUUAGAUCUUUGAAAUGACUAUCAUCCUUGUUUUUUCUACCUUAUGCAAUGAUAUGAUAUUAUGAUAUUAAAAUUCUAAAUCAUUCAUGCUGUUAUAUAAUCGGCAUAUAUCUUAUUUAUACAACUCUUAUUUUGUGAUAUAGAUGAGCACCCAGCCACUUGGUAGCACCUCUACUUCUAGUGAUGAGAUCCCACAGCAGCAGCCGCAGCAGCAGCCUGCAUCGUCACAUAUCUCUCGGUCAGGCGAGAAUAUCACUGUUCUUCCUAAUGGGAAGAUUUUAUGCACUUUAACUAAUGGGAUUUUACGACCAACCAAUAAAAUCCGGCGUUACACAUCACAUACUUUUCAAGCAUACAUAGAGGUCACCGGCACCUCAUGGAAGGCGCUUACUGAAGACACGAUUGAAGUUUACUUCAAUCGGUUUGUUAAUGCAUUUGAGUGGGACCCUUCUAUGUAUUCAAGAGAAGUUAUCCGCACUGCAUGGAUCAGGAUGGCUAGAAUUGCUUACAAGGACUUUGUAAGCGCGACAAAGAAGCUCGUCUUAAUUGAAAAGAAGACGCCAGCAUAUCUGAAGGAACAUGUUGAAACGGCUUGGAAAGCCUAUUGGGAUCUACCUGAAGUGAAGCGCAUAUCCGAGCAGGCGAGCAAGAACCGGCGCUCUGAACCUUGUGGUCCCGGUACAGGAAUCGCCAUACAUCAUGGCGGCUCGCGUAGUGCCAUUGACCACGCCGAGCAUCUGGCUCGUGAAAAGAAUAUCCCGGUUGACUGUGCUGCGUAUGAUACAUUUCUACGCAUACACCGGAAGGAAGGAUUAUACACGGGCAUACGUUCCGAGGCACACGCGGUGGAGAUUGAGAGUCGCAUUCAAGAUAUUCAAGCCACUCAAGAUAGGGAUCCGACACCAGAAGAGGUACACGCCAUCUUUAAGGAGGUGGUGAAGAGGGACACGAAAGGCCGUGUGCUCGGGAUGGGAAUGAUGACACAGAUGGUGUCUAGUGGAUCUAGUACUCAGUCCACUAGCACGUCUCAGACUGCCCCUGCUGCUUCUCUUGAGGAGGUCGAGGCGCUAAGAGUUGAAGUGAAUGCUCAGGCUACUAGAGGGAACGAACUCGAGGCACGUCUGCUGGAGCAAGAUGGCACCAUUAAUGAUCUCAAGAGUAUGGUGGCGCAGUUGAUGGCAAAUAUGAAUAAGGGUCAUAAUUGAUACUUUUUAUGAAGUUUGAAUUUGGAUUUAUGUAGUAACUAUGGAGUUAGAACUUAUGAUAUUUGAUAUUUAGCUUAAUUUAGGUGUGUUGAAUUUGGAUGUUUAGUAAGUAUGUUUGACUUUGGAUGUUUAGUAAGUAUGUUUGAAUUUGGAUGUCUAGUAAAUAUGUUUGAA